CAGAAGAGAGUAAGGAUUUCUUAUAAUAAGAACAUAGCAAGUGGUCACCCUCUUGUUACUCAAAACAAUAGAAUGGUAGGGAGGACGUUGCUAACCCCAGUAUAGAGACAUAACCUUAGUUUGCUAUCCAUUCUAGAGAAAAUGUCGACAGCAGAUCUGAUGGAAAAUCUCAGGGAAGAGCUCACCUGUUUCAUUUGCUUGGACUAUUUCACCAGCCCAGUGACCACUGAGUGUGGACACAGUUUUUGCCUGGCGUGCCUCCUUAGGAGCUGGGAGGAACAUAACACACCUUUUUCUUGUCCUGAGUGCUGGAGGACCUUGGAGGUCCCUCAUUUUCAGCCCAAUGAGCGUUUGGGGAGGCUGGCUAGCAUUGGCAGACAACUCCGAUGCCAGGUGCAGCAGAGUGAGGAUGAACAAGGCAGUUAUGGGAGGAUGCCAGCAGCCACUAAGGUGUUUGAUGACGAGCAGGGCAUGAUCGCUUUCUCAAGCCAAAGUCAUGGAGUAAGCAGGGUAUAUCUCUCAAGUGAGACUGAGGAGCAUCACAAAGAGAAACUUCAGGAAAUCCUAAAUCUUUUGCGUAAAAAGAAAAAGGAAGCUCAGACCAUAUUAACCCAUGAGAAGGAAAGAGUAAUACUGUGUAAGGAGGAGACGAAGACUUGUAAGCAGGUCGUGGUGUCGGAAUACAUGAAAAUGCACCAGUUCCUGAAGGAAGAGGAACAGCUGCAAUUGCAACUACUGGACAAGGAGGAAAGACAGAACAUGAAGAAACUGAGAGACAAUGAGACUCAGCUGACUCAGCAGAUCCGAAGCCUGAGUAAAAUGAUCGGGCAGAUAGAGUCUACCUGUCAGAACUCCAUUUCAGAGUCUUUUGAGGAAGUGAGAGGAGCCCUGGAGAGGAGUCAGCCCCUCUUACUUCAGUGUCCAGAGGCCACCACGACAGAACUGAGUCUGUGCCACAUCACUGGAAUGAGGGAGAUGCUAAGAAAAUUCAGCACAGACAUAACGCUGGAUGCAGAUACAGCCAAUGCCUACCUCGUCUUGUCGGAGGAUCUGAAAAGUGUGAGAUAUGGAGGAAGCAGACAGCAGUUACCGGACAACCCAGAAAGAUUUGACCUAUCUGCAACUGUGUUGGGUGCUCAGGUCUUCACUGGUGGGAGACACUACUGGGAGGUGGAUGUGGGCAACAAGACCGAGUGGGAGGUGGGCAUCUGCAAGGACUCAGUGAGCAGGAAGGGGAACCUCCCAAAGCCGCCGGGGGACCUCUUCUCACUUAUAGGCUUAAAAAUUGGAGAUGAUUAUAGUCUUUGGGUCUCGUCACCUUUGAAAGGGCAGCAUGUCAGAGAGCCUGUGCACAAGGUUGGUGUUUUCUUAGACUAUGAAUUGGGACACAUAGCCUUCUACAAUGUGACAGAUGAGUCCCUCAUCUACAGUUUCCCUCCGACCUCCUUCCAAGAGGCGCUCAGACCUAUCUUUUCCCCUUGCCUGCCCAAUGAGGGGACAAACACAGAACCGCUUACUGUCUGCUCUCUGAACAGCCACGCCUGAGGGACGUGCCCCUGAGCCUUUAUGAGGAUGAGACUAAAGACCGAUGGAUGACUCUUAAAUAAGACGAUUGAUGUGUUGACAGUUUUACCCUCAGGUGAUCUGAAAGAAAAACACUCAUCCUUGCAAGAGUUUCUCUUAAUUGGAACCCACAAUGAGCAGCCCAAGGAGACCACCAACUUCCACACCAAUAGGAAGCUGAACAUACCUUGUGUAUUUAACCCAAUCUCUUAGACUGCCCUGUGUAUGUGCUAGUCACUCAAAGUAGAGAUAGAAUUAUCCCCUGUUAUCCUGAAUCCCCCUGUCAUAGGCCAGUUUAUAAAU